UGGAUAAAACGGGCAAUCCCUCCGUGAGGAGUCGGAAGUUCUCCGGAGCAGCCGCCCAGCAGGACUCCUCCUCAUGGAUCAGCUGGCCUUUUGGUGCCUGCUCUUCGUGGGACUCCUGAACCCACUCCUGUCUCUUCCAGUCACUGACACGGGGGAAAGGUCUCUCCAACUUCCAGAGCUCGAAGAAGAUGUCCGCUCGGCUCUGGAGGACCUGGAGAGGACUGCCCUCCUGCAGACACUUCGGCAGGCAGUGGGUGCAGAGGCAGGUGAAGGCCUCGGGGAAGCAGAUCCCAGCACUGACACCCCCGACCCACGGGAGAGCCUGAGGAAGGCUUUCUCUGGGCAAGAUUCUAACACUGUACUUAGCCGUCUUCUGGCAAGAACCAGGAAACAACAUAAGCAACACAGGACCACCUCAGAAUGCUUCUGGAAAUACUGCAUUUGAGGAGAGACAAGCAACAAGCAGCAACCGGUCUCCUCAGAACCACCACUUCAGAAAACUAAAAAGGAAGAUGCUUGAAGAAAAAAACCCAGGCUACCACCACCCUGUUCUUCAUUAUUAUGAGAAAUAAACCCUCUAUGAUUC